CUACUGAACCAUAGACGGAGUUGCACAUCUGGUCUAUUCUAUGUGCUAGUACUAUUGUACUAUGAGUGAUUCGAUCUGAAGUGGAUCUCUGUUUGGCUUCCUUCAUCGACGGACUCCGAACGAACCCACUAGCUAGCGUGAGCUAGUACAUACUACUUCUUGUCUUGUCUCUUCACAAUGGGAAUCCCACGACCACAGGAGCAUUGGGUGGAUGCUCCCCAGACGAAUUCAACCAAACCAUCGCCAUUUCUCAAAUUGCCUCUGGAGCUUCGUCUUAUGAUCUACGAAUAUGCUCUGGUCGUUCCAAACGAAUUCACGGAUCGUCCGAUGAUCGUGAUCAAUGACCGCGGGAACGUCUUCACUGCCCGCGGCCGAUACCGAGCUCUCUCGAUGUGUCCCAGUUGGGUGGGUGAGAACGGUCGAGUUCGCAGCCUACUUUCCGUGAACCGACAAAUCCACGAUGAGGUGGAGGAUUUCGUGUAUUCGCAGAAUACGCUCUUCUUCUUGAACUCGUUCAAUCUUGACCGUUUGGGCACCUUCCUUGACACUAUCAGUCCCACGGCGCGCAAGCGCAUUCGCAGUGUCGGGUUUGAGAUUUUCUUCUUUGUCCACUCGCAAACAGGCGUGCCGAAGCGGACCUUGAAGGAGUAUAAAGCAGCUGCUCGCAUGUUGAUGGAAAAGCUGCCGAACUGGACAAGUACCAUGUUUUACUUAGAUCCUCGCUUCUACUUCCCUUCUGCUGCAGUAGGGAAUCUGGAGUCGUCCGCGCGGGGUAUCUGGUAUCUGGCGACGAUAUUUGGAGCUUUGCAGAAGGAUCUCCAUUUCUUUCCACUACCGUCGAUGCAUCGACAUGUCAUGGACGAUGCAAAGAAAUCGCUACAGGCUGAGACGCGGGCGUCACAGAUGAAGCUCUCUAUCGCAUAGGAACCGGGUGUUAUUAUCUGUUUUGGUCAGGAUCAUCUCCUCUUUUUCCUCUUUGUCUACAUUAGUAAUACUUUGUCUCACUUGUCCUGCCAUUUACUUUUU